ACCAAAAAAUGGCACGCUUCUUGAACUUUGUAUCUUUACCAAUACUAAGUUCAAUAUGUGUUUUAUGUUUAUUUCAACUCGACAGCAAUGUCGUAUCAGCUGAUCAGCUUGGAGAAGACGUUGAAAAUCAAGCUGAUAACUAUGGCACAAGAAAUGUUGAAAGGGGGAUACUACCACACGAGUAUGAUGAGCAAUUGAAUCCCUGGCAUGGAUCGGGUUUCCCAGACACAACCACAAUACAGCUUGUAAAGCCUGAUCCUGCUACUCACAAGAGGCUUAUCAUGGUGGAAGAAAACGUCAAGCUUCUACACAGAAUUGUGCAACCAGUUGUCACUAUAGCUGUCGUUGGAAAAUUUCAUUCAGGCAAAUCAUUUCUGAUGAACCAGUUGAUGGGAAAGUCAAAGGGUUUUGGCAUUGGCCCAUUCGUGAGACCUGAAACUAUGGGCAUUUGGAUGUGGGGAAAGCCCAUGAAUAUGCAGCUCCCAUCCGGUUUAGAUGUCUCUGUUGUAUUUCUUGAUACAGAAGGAUUUGCAGCUAAUAAUGUAACAGAAAAUUAUGAUGCCAAGAUAUUUGCAGUGUCAACACUUCUGAGUUCCUAUCUGAUUUAUAACUCUGUGAAGAUUAUAGACCAGUCCGAUAUAGAUUACCUGGAACUUCUCGCAAGGCGAACACAGCUCUUUGCUUUAAGAUCUCAAAUGUCAAAAGCAAAGUGGACUGAUGACUUCAACCAUGACCUCUUAAGCUUUCCACCAUUGAUUUGGGUGGUACAGGACUUUGUUCAGAUGACAGUUGGUGGGGAAACUCCUACAGAAUGGCUUCACAGGUUAAUGAAAACACACACCAGAGAGAACGAUGACUAUGAUAUCAGCCUCCUUAGUAUUUUUAAACAAGUGGAUUGCCAUACAUUGUUUUUGCCGGCUGUAACUAAAGAUCUGCUAACAGACUUGUCAAAGGCCUCAGAGCAAGACUUGACAGUUGAUUACAAGAAUGAGAGAGAUCAUUUGAUUCAGAAGCUAAGAAGUGGAAUUUUACCGAAGGAGAAGAACGAUCAGCCGAUCACUGGUCCAGAGUUAGCAUCUCUGAUGACUAUACUAGUGGAUGCUGCUAAUGAUGGAUCACUAGCACAGGUUCCCAGUAGAUGGAAUGUAUUUCUCGAGCGCCUGGAGGCAACGGCAACGGAGGACUGUCUCAGGUUUUACGAAGCUGAGCUGGCCGCACAGUUAACUAAACGCAACAACGAACCUGUCAAUGCUGCCACACUUAUGAUUUGGCAUGAUGCAGUGAAACUCAAGUCGUUCAAACUGCUGGAUCAGCUUCUACUUGGUUUGGGCAAUGCCAUGGAAGAGGCAGCUGAGACUCUUUCUCGCGACAUUGCCAGCAAAUACCAUUGGAUAAAUGAGAUGAAUGAAAAGAAGAUUAAACUCAAAAUGUCAGAAACCCAUCACAGAAUCGAGCUAGAAGUAGAGAAUAAACUGGGUGAACUCACUUUGCCAGUGAAGACAAGUGAGUUGGAGGCAGUAAUGCUGCAAGUAUUAGCAGAUGCAGAGAGGACAUAUGGUCUCAUCAUUGCUGAUCUGAUCAAUGCUGAGACACUCAUUCAACAUCAGACACAGCUAAAGGGUUCAGUGCAAAGACUGUGUGAUUCUGUGGUGCUAAAAAACUCCAAGGCACUUGAAGGUGUCAUGAAUACUGCUAUUCAAAAAGCUGUUGAGAAAUUCCGGGGUCACAGUAAGAACAGUAAUGAUACACCCCGCAGUCCGGCAAUGAUCCAACAUCUUAUAGAAAAUGCUGUUGCUCACGCUACAAAGGUGUUUGAUGCAGAAUCAGUGAUUGCAAUUGAAGAGCUAUCUUACACGGCUUUUGCUUCUCUGCUGAGGAGCCGGCUAACAGAAGAGGAAAAGUUUCUUCACAAACAAAAUGCAGAACUAGUGAAAAAUCUUGCCCAGUCCCAGGUAAAAACGCUCCUAGCCAGGUUGAGAGAUCAAACAAGUCCUGUACAUAUGCCUCUACCAAAGAACGAGAGCGAACUUACUAGCAAGUUGAAUGUGGAGAUGGAGAGGUGUCAACUGCUGUUUGCUGAAGCACUGGGGGACUUCACUGAGUUGCCGUUAUACGUGGAGCAUGUUCAGCUCUUAAAGAAGGAUAUGCUGGUAUUGGCACAGCUGCGCAAACAAGAGAACGUUGAGGCAUACACGCGUGAAGUUGAGGUGCCACUGCGCAUGGCCAAGCAGGUUAUCCAGAUAUCUGAGGAGAAAUACUCAACGAUAUUUGCGCUCACUCAGUUUAUGAGAAGAAUAUGCUUGCUAAACUUGAACGAGGGCAAACCCAAGGAAUGGCCAGCUGACCUCAAGUAUGACAUCAUAAACCAUUUCAUUGAAACGGACAGCAACUUGCAGAAAAUCAUACAGUCACGCAAGGGUUUCUGGUCAACAAUUGUAGGAUUCUUCCAGUGGCUGCUCUGGUUGGUCGGAGUGCAAUGAAACACUAUUAACAGGUGUCUUCCAAGGGUUGCUAUGGGUGGUCACAUUGCAGGGUCAGUGUUAAUUUUGACAGACAUCUGUCAGAUCUGCAUAUAGCUGGGUGGACGUGCUUUGUGCACACUUGCUUUCGCACGUAUAUGACUAUUGUUAUAUUUGAUUGCUUUACACUGUGAUUAGAAACCGAGGGUUUGUUGUACAUAAUACCUCAGUUAUUGGUGUACGAGAGAGCUUGUACUUGUGUGUAUCUCAAUAAUGGGUAAAUUGAUUUUUUACAUUAUAUACAUAGCAUAAAGUAUGAUGGAGUUAAUUCAAAUAAAAGUUUGCUGUGCAUUAUAGCUAUUCUUUUUCAAUAUAUCACCAGUCAUGAUUUUAUUAUGAGUGGUACACUCAAGUAAUGUUAUAGCAAUAAAAUCAUUCUUAUUGUGUGUGUAUUA